AUGUCUCAGAACGCGCUCCUUCUCCAUAAUGUCGGCGAGCCGCUUGCUCUUGGGAAUCGCCCGAUACCUCAGCCAGAUCAGGACCAAUUACUAGUAAAAGUUCUUGUUGCCGGGUUGAAUCCCCAUGAUCAGAGAACCCGCGAUAUUGGUCUCUUCGUCACGGAGAUGCCUUAUGUCAUUGCCAGUGAUCUCGUCGGAGAAGUCGUGACUGUCGGAUCAGGGGAGUAUUCCGCUAGAUUCACAAUCGGCGAACACGUUUUUGGCCACACUUUUGCCGAAGGCGGCUUCAAGAACGAAUUCAACGCUGCACAGGAGUACGCUCUUGUGGACGCAAGGUUUGUCGGUAAGGUGGCUGAUAGUGGGUUGAGUCUCGAUGAGGCAUCUACCAUUCCUGUCAUUGUCCUUGCCGCGUUUAUCGCACUGUUUGCGAAUUCUGGUCUUGGCCUUCCUGCUCCGUUCUCUCCUGAAGCCACAUCUUUUGACUAUGCUGGCGUUACGCUUCUUGUCAUUGGCGGUGGGUCAAACACUGGACGAGCCACCAUCGAGCUCGCCAGGAUGGUGGGAAUUGGGAAGAUCAUUGCGGUUGCUGGACAUCGUAAUGAAGCCUCGUUGAAGGCUGCUGGUGUCACGCACUUCAUCGACAGACAGGCUCCCAAUCUCCUGGAACGGAUACACGCCAUUACUGGCGACGAAUUGGUACAUGCAGUUGAUACGGUCAAUACAGGACUUGACCAAGAGCUUAGUGUCGCUGCUCUGUCCAACACCAAGAAGGGAACCCUGAUCACCCUACGCCGACCCGAGGGCGAAUUCGACUCGGACAAAAUCGGAAUCAAGUCGGCUGGUUACGACCGUCGUCUUGUGUUUGGAGUAUCUCCCAUGCACCCAGAAGUGACUAUGGGCUUUUGGCAAAACGUCCCGCGAUGGAUCAAGGAGAAGCACGUCAGUGCGAGUCAAUUCGAAGUUAUUGAAGGCUUGGAUGCGGAUGCUGUCAACAAAGCGCUGGAUCGAUACAGAGAUGGAAACGGUGUUAAGACCAACAUUCAUCUUUGGCAAUAG